UUCUUUAUUUAUUUUCCUUCAAACAAAAAAAAGUGAAACCGGCUUGUUAGACUUAGACUUUUGCCUCAUAUAUUACUCUUCUGCUCCUUCCCUUUCGUUUGAUCAAAAAAUUAACAAUAAUUAUAAGUCUGCCGAAACACAGAAGCUCUUUUUGCUUUCGAUAUCUGGUUUCGUUUUUCAAGAUAUAAGGCUUAAUUUUCUGAAUCGAUAUGGCUGUUGCAUCUGGAGAAGCAACCACAAUAUGCAAUCACUGUGACAGAGCUAUCCCCUCAUCAAAUAUUGACUUGCACUCUGUUCAUUGCUUCCGCAAUCUAGAAAAGUGUAAAGUCUGUGGUGAUAUGGUUCCAAAAAAAUAUGCUGAGGAACAUUAUUCGAACACCCAUGCUCCGGUAGCCUGUUCACUUUGUAGUGAGACAAUGGAACGUGAAAUAUUAGCUACCCACAAAGGUGAAAACUGCCCUCAGAGAAUUGUCACAUGUGACUUCUGUGAGUUCCCAUUGCCUGCAAUUGAUCUUGCUGAGCAUCAGGAAGUAUGCGGGAAUCGAACGGAACUUUGUCAUCUUUGUAACAGAUACAUCAGACUGCGAGAACGCUAUAAUCAUGAAAGUAGAUGUAAUGGUAUCUCAGAUAAUACCGCCGGUCCUUCCAGGGAUGAUAGGGCAGCUGAAAGAAGGCAGGGUCCUCCAAGAAGACAGGCGAACGAGUUUUCACGGAAGCGGCUUAUGUUCACCAUUGCACUAACAGGUAUUGCUGUACUAUUAGGGUCUCUUUUUUUCCAGAGAAAGCCAGACGAGAGUCAAGUGCAUUAGCAAUUGAGGAAAUGGACUCAUUGGGUUAUGUAAAUCUUUUUUAAGCUUCAGUUUAUAUGUAUCGUAAAUCUUCUGAAGUCGUACCCGCUGUUGUAACCGUAUUAAACUCCAUUGAGAUUGUGAUAAUACACUUUCUGGUUAUUAAUAUGCUUGUUUUGUACUA